AUGCCUCCAACAGUCGUUUGCCUUCCCUUUCCAGAACUUCCCUUUCCAGAACACUAUGACGAAGAUGCCGAUCCCGAUGGCUCACGUUCUGACCUUCUCGACAGGCAACCGCAAGAGGGAGAAGGCGAUCCUACGAAGGCGGCUACUUCCGCGAAGCAGCGCAGCAGCGAAAUCCAACCGACGCGACCACCGACCCGAAAGAGAGGUUUACGAGAUAAGUUAGCAACAGAGGUCGAAAAGCAAAGCCCCAGGGAAACUCGGACGCCAAAGACUACUCCGCCCUCGGACAACAAAAAAUCUGGUUUGAAGCGUAAGCGAAAUGAGGUUUUUGGUUCAGACACCGAAGACACGCCCCCGCCAGCAACAAAGAAACGCAGGGGACGCAAGAAUAUGCAGAAGGAGCGCGAUAUUGAGAGCCCUGGAUUGACCCCGGGGCAGGGUUUGGAGGAAGACGGCGGCAGCGAUGAAUGGGAAGCGGAACGAAUCGUCGGCGCUCGCAUUGAGGCGGACACCUACAUCCACUGGUACGAGGUGAAGUGGAAAAACUGGUCGACUAAGCACAAUACUUGGGAGCCAAAGAAGAACCUGGCGGCCUGCCAGAAUCUUAUUGAAGAGUUUGAAGCUCUUGAGCAAAAGAAGGCGACGGCCAAGAAGAAGCACGACAAGAAGCAGCAUGCGGCAUCCCUCUUAGAAAAAUGA